AUGCAGAAAGCCCGGGGCACGCGAGGCGAGGGUGUGGGUUCGAGUGCACCCUCCAGCCCCGGGGUGCCUCCGAAGAGGGUCAAGGUGGGGGCCAGCGGAGGGGCCCCUGCAGUGGCGCCUGGGGCGCCGGUCUUCCUGAGGCCCUUGAAAAACGUGGCGGUGCUCUCAGGCAGCGACGUGAGACUGCGGGUGGUGGUGAGCGGGACACCUCAGCCCAGCCUCAGCUGGUUCCGGGACGGGCAGCUCUUGCCCCCGCCAGCCCCGGAGCCCGGUUGCCUGUGGCUGCGGAGCUGCGGGCCGCGGGACGCCGGCGUGUACAGCUGCAGGGCCCAGAACGCGCGGGGCGAGGCCUCCUGUGAGGCUGUUGUCACAGUGCUGGAGGUUGGAGACUCGGAGACGGGUGAGGAUGACAUCAGCGAUGUGCAGGGGACCCAGCGUCUGGAGCUUCGGGAGGACGGGGCCUUCAGCACCCCCACAGGGGGCUCUGACACGCUGGUGGGCACCUCCCUGGACACACCCCCGACCUCCGUGACAGGAACCUCUGAGGAGCAAGUGAGCUGGUGGGGCAGCGGGCAGACGGUCCUGGAGCAGGAAGCGGGCAGCCCAAGGCAAGCACAGGCAGCCGGGGCCGGGCCACGGCACCUGGGGGUGGAGCCGCUGGUGCGGGCAUCUCGAGCUAAUCUGGUGGGCGCAAGCUGGGGGUCAGAGGAUAGCCUUUCGGUGGCCAGUGACCUGUACGGCAGCGCCUUCAGUCUGUACAGAGGACGGGCGCUCUCGAUCCACGUCAGCGUUCCUCCGAGUGGAUUUCGCAGAGAGGAGCCAGACCUUCAGCCUCAGCUGGCCAGCGAAGCCCCACGUCGCCCAGCCCAACCGCCCCCUUCCAAGUCCGCACUGCUCCCCCCGCCGUCCCCUCGGGUGGGAAAACGGCCGCCGCCAGGAUCCAGCGCCCAGUCCCCAGCGCGCCCCACAUCACCCCAUCGUCGCACCCAGGAGCCUGUGCUGCCUGAGGACUUGACCGCCGAAGAGAAGCGCGGGAGAAAGUCCAAGUCGUCAGGGCCCUCGCUGGCGGGCACGUCGGAGUCCCGGCCGCAGACGCCCCUGAGCGAGGCCUCGGGCCGCCUGUCUGCACUGGGCCGCUCGCCGAGACUCGUGCGUGCCGGGUCCCGCAUCCUGGACAAGCUGCAGUUCUUCGAAGAACGCCGGCGCAGCCUGGAGCGCAGCGACUCACCGCCCGCUCCACUGAGGCCCUGGGUGCCCCUGCGCAAGGCCCGCUCGCUCGAACAGCCCAAAUCCGAGGGCGGCGCACCGUGGGGCAGCCCCGGGGCCUCGCAGGAGGAGCUGCGGGCCCGGUCGGGCAGCGUGGCCGAGCGGCGCCGCUUGUUUCAGCAGAAGGCAGCCUCGUUGGAUGAGCGCACGCGGCUGCGCAGCCCGGCCUCGGAACUUGAGCUGCGCUUUGCCCAGGAGCUGGGCCGCAUCCGCCGCUCGGCUUCUCGGGAGGAGCUGGUGCGCUCACAUGAGUCCCUGCGAGCUACGCUGCAGCGCGCCCCGUCCCCACGAGAGCCCGGAGAGCCCCCGCUCUUCUCUCAGCCCUCCACGCCCAAAACCCCCCGCGCCCAGAGCCCCGUCACCGCCCCGGUCCCCCUUCCCAGCGUCGCGGGCAGGCCAGGGGAUGAACCAGCGAGGCCCCGGAGUCGCGGGCCUAGGACGGAGCCAGGGGAAGGGCCUCAGCAGGAAGUUAGGCGCCGGGAGCAGUUCCCGCUGACUCGGGGCCGAGCCAUCCAAGAGUCUCGGAGCCCCGUGCCACCUGCUGCUGAGCCCCCUGAGGCCAGGACGAAAACCCCCUCGGGUCGGAAGCGGGAACCACCGGCACAGGCCGUGCGCUUUCUGCCUUGGGCCACGCCGGGCCAGGAGGACAUUGCAGCGCCCCAGCCCUCAGAGAAGAACAGGGUGGGGCCUGAGGCCGAAAAGAGGUUGCGCAGAGGGCCGGAGGAGGAUGGGCCCUGGGGGGCUUGGGACCGCAGAGGGGCCCGCAGCCAUGGCAAAGGUCGCAGGGCCCGGCCCACCUCACCUGAACUCGAGUCUUCAGAUGACUCCUAUGUAUCUGCUGGAGAAGAGCCCCUGGAGGCCCCUGUGUUUGAGAUCCCCCUGCAGAAUGUGGCCGUGGCACCAGGGGAAGAUGUGCUGCUCAAAUGCAUCAUCACCGCCAACCCCCUGGCCCAAGUGUCCUGGCAGAAGGAUGGGUCAGCCCUGCGAACUGAUGGCCGCCUUCUCAUCCGGGCAGAAGGCGAGAGGCAUACCCUACUGCUCAGGGAGGCCCGGGCAGCCGACGCUGGGAGCUACAUGGCCACAGCCACCAACGAGCUGGGCCAGGCCAGCUGUGCGGCCACACUGGCUGUGAGACCUGGUGGGUCCUCAUCCCCUCUCAGCAGCCCCAUCACCUCUGACGAGGAGUACCUAAGCCCCCCUGAGGAGUUCCCGGAGCCUGGGGAGACCUGGCCCCCCACCCCUACCAUGAAGCUCAGUCCCAGCCAGAACCACCGCUCCUCUGACACUGGCUCCAAGGCGCCCCCCACCUUCAAGGUCUCACUCAUGGACCAGUCAGUGAGAGAAGGCCAGGAUGUCACCAUGAGUAUCCGAGUACAGGGGGAUCCCAAGCCCGUGGUAUCCUGGCUGAGAAACCGGCAGCCUGUGCGCCCAGACCAGCGGCGCUUUGCUGAGGAGGCAGAGGAUGGGCUGUGCCGGCUCCGGAUCCUGGCAGCUGAGCGGGGUGACGCUGGCUUCUACACUUGCAAAGCAGUCAAUGAAUACGGAGCGCGGCAGUGCGAAGCCCGCCUGGAGGUCCGAGCACACCCUGAAAGCCGGUCCCUGGCCGUGCUGGCUCCCCUGCAGGAUGUGGACGUGGGGGCCGGGGAGAUGGCACUGUUUGAGUGCCUGGUGGCGGGCCCUGCAGACGUGGAGGUGGACUGGCUGUGCCGAGGCCGCCUGCUGCAGCCUGCACUGCUCAAAUGCAAGAUGCAUUUCGAUGGUCGGAAAUGCAAGCUACUGCUCACCUCCGUGCACGAGGACGACAGCGGGGUCUACACCUGCAAACUCAGUACAGCCAAAGAUGAACUGACGUGCAGUGCCCGGCUGACAGUUCGGCCCUCGCUGGCACCCCUGUUCACGCGGCUACUAGAGGACGUGGAAGUGCUAGAGGGCCGCGCAGCCCACUUUGACUGCAAGAUCAGUGGCACCCCGCCUCCCUCUGUCUCCUGGACUCACUUUGGCCGGCCCGUGGAGGAGAGUGAGAACCUUCGGCUACGGCAGGACGGGGGUCUGCACUGUCUGCACAUCACCCACGUGGGCAGUGAAGAUGAGGGACUCUAUGAGGUCAGCGCUACCAACACCCACGGCCAGGCCCACUGUUCAGCCCAGCUCUAUGUGGAGGAGCCGCGGACAGCCGCCUCAGGCCCCAGCUCGAAGCUGGAGAAGAUGCCCUCCAUCCCUGAGGAGCCAGAGCAGGGCGAGUUGGAGCGGCUGUCCAUGCCUGAUUUCCUGCGGCCACUGCAGGACCUGGAGGUGGGAUUGGCCAAGGAGGCCCUCCUAGAGUGCCAGGUGACUGGCCUGCCCUACCCCACCAUCAGCUGGUUCCACAAUGGUCACCGCAUCCAGAGCAGUGAGGACCGGCGCAUGAUGCAGUACAGGGAUGUACAUCGCUUGGUGUUCCCUGCCGUGGGGCCUCAGCAUGCCGGUGUCUACAAAAGCGUCAUCGCCAACAAGCUGGGCAAAGCUGCCUGCUACGCCCACCUCUAUGUCACAGAUGUGGUUCCAGGUCCUCCAGAUGGGGCCCCACAGGUGGUGGCUGUGACUGGGAGGAUGAUCACGCUCACAUGGAACCCCCCCAGGAGUUUGGACAUGGCUAUCGACCCCGACUCCCUGACAUACACGGUGCAGCACCAGAUACUGGGCUCGGACCAAUGGACAGUGCUGGCCACGGGGCUGCGGGAGCCUGGGUGGGCAGCCACGGGACUGCGUAAAGGGACCCAGCACAUCUUCCGAGUCCUCAGCAGCAGCGGCAAGAGCAGCGGCAAACCUUCACCCCCUUCUGAGCCUGCGCAGCUUUUGGAGCGUGGCCCAACCCUGGAAGAGGCCCCUGCAGUGCUGGACAAGCCGGAUGUUGUCUAUGUGGUGGAGGGGCAGCCCAUCAGCGUCACCGUCACCUUCAGCCAUGUGGAGGCCCAGGUCGUCUGGAGGAGCCACCGUGGGGCCCUCCUGGAGGCACGGGCAGGUGUGUACGAGCUGAGCCAGCCGGAUGAUGAUCAGUACUGUCUUCGGAUCUGCCGGGUGAGCCGCCGGGACAUAGGGCCCCUUACCUGCACGGCCCGCAACCGCCAUGGCACGCAGGCCUGCUCCGUCAACCUGGAGCUGGCAGAGGCCCCAAGAUUUGAGUCCAUCAUGGAGGACGUGGAGGUGGGAGCUGGGGAGACUGCUCGCUUGGCUGUGGUGGUUGAGGGGAAACCCCUGCCGGAUGUCAUGUGGUACAAGGACGAAGUGCUGCUGGCAGAAAGCAGCCACGUGAGCUUCGUGUAUGAGGAGAACGAGUGCUCUCUGGUGGUCCUCUGUGCUGGGGCCCAGGACGGGGGUGUCUACACCUGCACUGCCCGCAACCUGGCUGGUGAGGUCUCCUGCAAGGCCGAGUUAGCUGUGUGUCCAGUUCCAACAGCAAUGGAAGUGGAGGGGGCUGAGGAAGAUGAAGAGCAGCGAGGAAGGAGACUCAGUGACUUCUAUGAUAUUCACCAGGAGAUCGGCAGGGGUGCCUUCUCCUACCUGCGCCGCGUGGUGGAGCGGAGCUCUGGCCUGGAGUUUGCGGCCAAGUUCAUCCCCAGCCAGGCCAAACCAAAGGUGUCAGCAAGGCGAGAGGCCGGGCUUCUGGCUCGACUGCAGCAUGACUGUGUCAUCUACUUUCAUGAAGCCUUUGAGAGGCGCCGAGGACUGGUCAUUGUCACCGAGCUCUGCACAGAGGAGCUACUGGAGCGCAUGGCCAGGAAACCCAUCGUGUGUGAGUCUGAGAUCCGGACCUACAUGCGGCAGGUGCUCGAAGGAAUCUGUUACCUACACCAGAGCCACGUGCUGCAUCUGGAUGUCAAGCCCGAGAACCUGUUGGUGUGGGACGGUGCUGAGGGUGAAGAGCAGGUGCGCAUCUGUGAUUUCGGGAAUGCCCAAGAGUUGACUCCAGGAGAGCCCCAAUACAGCCAGUAUGGCACACCUGAGUUUGUAGCACCCGAGAUUGUCAACCAGACCCCUGUGUCCGGAGUCACCGACAUCUGGCCUGUGGGCGUUGUGGCUUUCCUCUGUCUUACGGGAAUCUCCCCAUUUGUUGGGGAAAAUGAUCGGACGACCUUGAUGAACAUCCGAAACUACAAUGUGGCCUUUGAGGAGACAACAUUCCUAAGCCUGAGCAGGGAGGCCCGGGGCUUCCUCAUCAAAGUGCUGGUACAGGACCGGCUGAGACCUACUGCAGAGGAGACACUAGACCAUCCCUGGUUCAAAGCACAGGCCAAGGGCGCAGAGGUGAGCACUGAUCACCUGAAGCUCUUCCUAUCCCGUCGCAGGUGGCAGCGCUCCCAGAUCAGCUACAAGUGCCACCUGGUACUGCGCCCCAUCCCUGAGCUGCUGCGGGCCCCCCCAGAGAGGGUGUGGGUGGCUGUUCCCAGACGCCCACCACCCAGUGGGGGACUAUCGUCCUCCUCGGACUCUGAAGAGGAAGAGCUGGAGGAGCUGCCCUCGGUACCCCGCCCUCUACAGCCCGAGUUCUCUGGUUCCCGGGUGUCUCUCACUGACAUUCCCACUGAAGAUGAGACCCUGGGGAGUCCAGAGGCAGGGGCUACCACCCCCAUGGACUGGCAGGAAGAGGGAAAGGUCUCUUCUGAGGACCAGGAGCCCCCCAGCCCCCAGGCCCUCCCCUCCUCAGGCCAGGAGCCCCCUGCUGGACCCAUCAUCCGGCGGGGUGAACUCCGGAGGGGCAGCUCGGCUGAGAGCGCCCUGCCUCGGGCCGGACCGAGGGAACCGGGCCGGGGCCUGCACAAGGCGGCGUCUGUGGAACUGCCACAGCGUCGGAGCCCCAGCCCGGGGGCCACGCGCCUGGCCCGAGGUGGCCUGGGAGAGGGCGAGUAUGCCCAGAGGCUGCAGGCCCUGCGCCAGCGGCUGCUUCGGGGAAGCCCUGAAGACAGCAAGGUCAGCGGCCUCAGAGGCCCCCUGUUAGAGAGCUUGGGAGGCCGCGCCCGGGAACCCCGUAUGGCGCGGGCAGCCUCCAGCGAGGCAGCGCCGCGUCACCAGCCCCCGCCGGAGGCCCGGGGCCUGCAGAAGAGCAGCAGCUUUUCUCAGGGGGAGGCGGAGCCCCGAGGCCGGCAUCGCCGUGCGGGAGCGCCCCUCGAGAUCCCCGUGGCCCGCCUGGGGGCCCGCAAGCUGCAGGAGUCCCCCUCUCUGUCCGCCCUCAGCGAGGCCCAGGCGCCCAGCCCCGGGCGGCCAGGCCCCCUGAAACCCAGUGCCCCCAAGUCUGCAGAAUCCCCUUUGGCCAUGCCCAGUGAUGCCCCGAAACCUUUGACACCCGGGUCCACCCAAGAGAGGGCCCCGGAAUCCGUGCCGGAACCAGUCCGGGUGCCCAAGCCUGUGCAACCCCCGGCGAUACUGCUGAGCCCUGCGCCGCCGCUGACUCCCUACGCCCAGAUCAUACAGUCGCUCCAGGUGCCGGGUCAAGUCCAGCCGCCCCAGCUGGAGCCCAAACUCCACGCGGCCGUGUUCUCCAGGGUGGCCUCCCCAACCCCUGGCACCCCAGAGAAACCCGUGCCAUCAGCCGGGGUGGCCCACAAAGUCCAAGUCCGAGUGCUCAAGGUGCCUCCCAGGCCAGGCAGCAGCUUGAGCAGCAGCAUCGAGAACCUGGAGUCGGAGGCUGUGUUCGAAGCCAAGUUCAAGCGCAGCCGCGAGUCGCCGCUAUCGCGGGGGUUGCGGCUGCUUAGCCGCUCGCGCUCCGAGGAGCGCGGCCCCUUCCGUGGGGCCGAGGAGGACGACGGCAUGUACCGGCCCAGCCCAGCAGGGACCCCACUGGAACUGGUACGACGGCCUGAGCGCUCCCGCUCGGUGCAGGACAUCAGGGCUGCUGGGGAGCCUGGCUUUGUCCGCCGCCUCUCGCUGUCGCUGUCCCAGCGGCUCCGGCGGACCCCGCCCUCGCAGCGCCACCAGGCCUGGGAGAGCCGUGGAGGCGACGGGGAGAGCUCGGAGGGCGGCAGCUCGGCGCGGGGAUCCCCGGUGCUGGCGGUGCGCAGGCGGCUAAGCUCCACGCUGGAGCGGCUGUCGAGUCGAAUGCAGCGCAGUGGCAGCAGCGAGGACUCGGGCGGCGGGUCUGGCCGCAGCACGCCACUGUUCGGACGGCUGCGUAGGGCCACGUCGGAGGGCGAGAGUCUACGGCGCCUCGGUCUCCCGCACAACCAGCUGGCCGCCCAGGCCGGCGCCACCACGCCGUCAGCAGAGUCCCUGGGCUCCGUGGCCAGCGCCACAUCAGGGUCCUCGGCAACGGGAGAAAGCCGAAGCCGGCUCCGCUGGGGCCUCUUGAAGCUUCGAAAGGACAAAGGGCAAUCCCAACCCAAUCUCUCUGCCAGCGUUCAGGAGGACUUGGGUCAACAGUACCUGCCCAGUGAGUCAGACUUCCCCCCCGUCUUCCACAUCAAACUCAAGGACCAGGUGCUGCUGGAAGGAGAGGCAGCCACUCUGCUCUGCCUGCCGGCGGCCUGCCCUGCACCCCGCAUCUCCUGGAUGAAAGACAAGCAGUCCCUGCGGUCCGAGCCCUCGGUGGUCACCGUGUCCUGCAAAGAUGGACGGCAGCUGCUGAGCAUCCCCCGAGCGGGCAAGAAGCACUCAGGGCUCUACGAGUGCUCGGCCACCAAUGUGCUGGGCAGUGUUACCAGCUCCUGCACUGUGGCUGUGGCCCGCGUCCCAGGGAAGCUCCCGCCUCCUGAGGUUCCCCAGACCUACCAGGACACGGCGCUGGUGCUGUGGAAGCCAGGGGACAGCCGGGCACCCUGCACGUACACACUGGAGCGGCGUGUGGAUGGUGAGUCAGCCUGGCAUCCUGUGGGCUCGGGCAUCUCUGACUGCUACUACAAUGUGACUCACCUGCCCAUCGGCGUGACCGUGCGGUUCCGUGUGGCUUGUGUCAACCGGGCUGGGCAGGGGCCCUUUAGCAACCCUUCUGAGAAGGUCCUUGUCAGGGGCGUUCAAGAUUCUUCAGCUCUGUCAUCUGCUGCUCUCCAAGCCGCUCCUGUUACCUCAGGGCCAGCCAGGGCCCCACCUCCUGACUCUCCUACCUCAUUGGCCCCUUCCCUUCCCCCAAACGCAGCUCUCAUAGCCCCUCAGGCAGCCACCCUCAGCCCUUCAUCUCCUCCAGCACUCCCCAGCCAGGCCUUGUCCUCACUCAAGGCUGUGGGUCCACCCCCCACAACCCCUCCACGAAAGCACAGGGGCCUGCUAGCUGCCACACAGCCCCCAGAGCCCACCCCCCCUAAUGGCCAGGUCCCACCUGGUGUGCCCAGGUCUCCUGUCCCGGACAUAGGGACCCCUCAAGGGGCUAAGCCAGUGUCUUCCUCUACACCCCAGUACAUAGUGACUUCCUUUGUAUCCGCACCACCAGCCCCCGAGCCCCCAGCCCCUGAGCCCCCUCCUGAGCCCGCCAAGGUGACUGUGAGGAGCUUCAGCCCAGCCAAGGAGGUGAUCAGCUCCCCUGGGAGUGGUCCCCCCAUCUCCCCCAGGCUGGAGGGUGUGCUUCGACAGGGUCCCCCUCAGAAACCCUACACCUUCCUGGAAGAGAAAGCCAGGGGCCGCUAUGGUGUUGUGCGCACAUGCCGAGAGAAUACCACGGGCCGGACAUUUGUAGCCAAGAUUGUGCCGUAUGCAGCCGAGGGCAAGCAGCGGGUCCUGCAGGAGUAUGAGGUGCUGCGGUCUUUGCACCACGAGCGGCUCAUGUCCCUGCAUGAGGCCUACAUCACCCCACGUUACCUGGUUCUCAUCGCUGAGAGCUGUGGCAACCGGGAGCUGCUCUGUGGGCUCAGCGACAGGUUCCGGUACUCAGAGGAUGAUGUGGCCACGUACGUGGUACAGCUGCUUCAAGGCCUGGACUACCUUCAUGGCCACCAUGUGCUGCAUCUGGACAUCAAGCCAGACAACCUGCUGCUGGCCUCUGACAACGCUCUCAAGAUCGUGGACUUCGGCAGUGCCCAGCCCUAUAACCCCCAGGCUCUGCGGCCCCUGGGUCACCGCACGGGCACGCUGGAGUUUAUGGCUCCUGAGAUGGUGAAGGGAGAACCCAUUGGCUCUGCCACAGACAUCUGGGGAGUAGGCGUGCUCACCUACAUCAUGCUCAGCGGACGCUCCCCAUUCUAUGAGCUAGACCCCCAGGAAACAGAGGCUCGGAUUGUAGGGGGUCGUUUUGAUGCCUUCCAGCUGUACCCCAACACCUCCCAGAGUGCCACCCUCUUCCUGCGAAAGGUCCUCUCAGUGCAUCCCUGGAGCCGGCCCUCCCUGCAAGACUGCCUGGCCCACCCAUGGCUUCAGGACGCCUACCUGAUGAAAUUGCGCCGCCAGACACUCACCUUCACCACAAACCGGCUCAAGGAGUUCCUGAGCGAACAAAGGCGCCGCCGGGCCGAGGCUGCCACCCGCCACAAGGUGCUGCUCCGCUCCUACCCUGGCAACCCCUAG